CUAUUAUGGUAUACGUUUUCUUUCACGGUACACUACUUAUGGGAUUAAUGUUUUCAAUUCAUCUGAUUUAUAUGUAUCCUAUUUUAAGAUAAAGCUUAUCGAUAGAACAGCCCGACCGGGCAGUACAGUUACUUUAUACAUCACUUACCACAAACUUCCAAAAUUGGAUCGAAUGGACUGAUUAUUAUUACUUUAGUGCAGACUAUGGAGGAUAUUUGAUGAAAUGAUUGGACAUGAAGGGUGUACCAACAUGUGAAAGUGUGGAACUUACAUAUGCAUUUACAUUGAUAAGGACAAUAUAAAUUUCGUUACUAGAUCCCGACAACACAGUGUCAAAUGAAAAAGAAAUCAUUAAAGAUGAGUAGACGAAAAAGCGCGAAUCAUCUAAGGAUGUCUCAACAUAUGCGCGUAUUUGAAAUGGCAAUAUGCCUUUCUCUAGUUUGUAGCGCCACAGCUCUUGCCGAACCGGAGAUCUCACCAAGGCUGAUCUCAGAAUUUAAAGUGACGUAUCCGUCAUUCAUAGCAGCUUAUGAUAACCUGAACAAAGAUCAGAAUGACGGCAACUUCACUUUGAUCAUCUCCAGCUUUGAUCCGAUUCCAUGGAACAGCGAUCACAUUUACUACGUUACCGAUAUUGAUAAGGUUAUUUCAGAAAACAUUACUAACAUCAAUGUCCAGACAUUGACGGAUAAAGUAACAUGGCCGAAUGAAAUCGAACCCGUUCCAAUACCUGGGUUUGGAAAAGAUUCUAUUGCUGUACCGGGUGGAUUCUUAGUUCCCGGAAAACAGGAUGGUGCUGUGAAUAUAUUUGACUUGAACCCUGGGACUAUACUUCGUAAUAGUGUCGGGCCGUUCGACAUAUCCACACCUAAAGGUGGUGCUGACAAGGACUGGUUCUUCCAUCGUGUUCUGUGGAAAGAUAUGAACAAAGAUGGUCUCCCCGAUGCUGUCACUUGUAGAGGAAGGAAACCAAUAUUUGGUUCAACUGAGGGAAACCUACUUUGGUUGGAAAAUCCCCGUGAUUCACCUUACAACUUCUCAAGACCUUGGACGGAACAUAUCGUAGCAUCUGGGCCCGAUAACAUGUUCACUUUAGCAGAGAUGACUGCAGAUGGCGUUAUGUAUGACGUCAUCAUUACCAGCUCAUAUUUCUCAGAGAACUUAACUAUUUAUUGGUCGCCGUCUGGUGAAUGGGAAAAAUCCAAGGUGAAACAAAAUGUGAUCGCAACAAAAUUAGGUCAGAUGUUUGAUGUUCAAGUUAUGGAUCUUAACAGGGAUGGUCGCCUGGACCUCCUUGUCUCACUCAAUGCUUAUGAAAACGGAAAGGUUUUAGCCUUCGAAGUGCCAAUUGAUUUUAGGUCAGGAAAGUAUGUGAUGCAUACGUUGGCGACGGGAUUCAGUUCCAAAAGCUGGGGCCCUGGGAAAGGAUCGCCGGGAUCAUCAAAGGCUUUCUUUCCAAACACAAAGAAUGAGAGUGGAAAACCACUGAUUCUUGUCUCUGGUGACGAUGAUGGGUCUGCCCAUAUACUUUACCCCAAGAGCCUUGACCUCAAUAAUUGGGAGUACGAGACAAAGACAUUUCUUGAAGAUGGAGAUGGUACGAUUGGUGGUAUAGCAAUAGCAGACAUUGACAAAGAUGGUUACAAAGAACUUUUUGUUCCAAGUUAUAGCAAAGACAGAGUGUUUGUGUAUUCUUUUAAACCCAAGAUGUCACAAAUUAGGCAAACAUCGGUAACGACAGCACCCAAGGGCACAUCGUCAACACCUUCCUCACCAUCAUGGAAACCCAUCAAGGAUCCAGACGAACUCAUCCUUGGUUAAACUUGGUUAAAACAAAGCCAGAAACUAUUUAUUUAUUUAUUUAUUGUAUUAUCAGAAUGGUAGAAGUGCAUGCUAAUAAAAAACAUUCAGCUGAAGAC